UUCAGUACUUCUUUUAAUCUGCUGCGAUGCGGUCGUUAGUCCAGUUGCUGUGCUACAUCUUGCUCCUCACGUUUUGUUUAGUAUGUUUUUACGAAUUUAUUCUUCGUCGUAGCAGCUUUCAUGUACUCUCUGAGAAUAAAAUAUUGAACAGGGCUGAUCCCAGAAUCGAUGACUUCGUCUCACCUGAUCCCAGAAUCGAUGCCUUCGUCUCACAAUCUCACCAAAUAGGCCUACAAUGCGGGACAGAGAACCGGGCAAAGGACAGAAUUGUAUUUAUAAAAACCCACAAAACUGCCAGUACAACAUUAGCUUCGAUAUUUGAGAGAUAUGGCUAUUCACGCAAUCUUACAUUCGGGGUUGGAGUCGGAACUCACGUCAUAUCUAGCUACAAACUCUUCAAACGUCACAUGAUCCACCAAAGUAAUUCACGUCAUCAGUACCAUUUUUUGACGAAUCACGUGCGGUAUAACCGAAAAGAGAUGGAAGCCGUUUUCCCAAAUGCUACAUAUGUGACAAUUCUCCGAAACCCUGUGUCACAGUUCGAAUCUGCAUUUGGUUACUUUAAUUUUGCAAAUAGUGCUCACAUUACAAAUAGCGAAGAUCCAAUAGGCACUUUUUUCACUGACCCUGACAAAUUCUACAACACCACUGGUUUCUUUUUUAAAAACCAAGCUAAAAACGGCCAGAUAUUUGAUCUAGGCUUAGACACAUCCCUGCAAAAUGACAGAAGUGCAUUUAACGACGUAUUUAAAUCGUUAAAACAAGAGCUUGACUUUGUUUUAAUAUCAGAAUAUUUUAAUCAUUCGCUGGUGUUGAUGAAACAAAAAUUAUGCUGGCAGACGGAUGAUAUUUUGUACAUUUCUAAAGGGAUUCGAAAUUCUCAUAUUCGUUACCAACUUAAACUAGAAACAAAAGAGCGAAUAAAGGCAUGGAACGCCCUGGAUAUGCAACUUUAUAAUUAUUAUAACGAAACACUCUGGAGGAAGAUUUCGGAGUAUGGAUCAAUGUUUUGGGAUGAUCUGAAAGAAUUCGAGAAUCGGCUUGAAGAGAUUCAAAGUGAAUGCAUAGAUACAUCUAAACGUGACGUCAGCGAUUACCGUGAAGACAACAUUGUAGUUAAAGAUGAUGCAGGAGAAUUUUGCAAAGCUCUUGCUUUGAAUGAUGUAGAAUACUCAAGAUUGAUACGCAAAAGGCAAGGACUUGAUAACUAGACGAACAACUAUAAUUAUCAUGGUAACCUUUCAACAGGAAUCCGAUGAUCGUAAAACUCGCCGACACUCUUGUGAGAAGAAACUAGGCCUAUAAUUUAAAGCAACGAAAAGAUGCCAUUUAGAAAGGUCAUGGUAUAAUUUAGAAACCAAAAUAAAUAAAUAAAACUAGCGAUUCUUAAGGAAAACCAGGCUUUAGCUUGACAUUUGCCGUAUACAUUCCUGUCUUAGUUAACUUAAACAGGAGCCCGGUUUAGUACAUUUUUUGAUAAAGCAAAAAAGACAUCAGCCAAGUUGCGAUGUUGCACUAGCGUGGCAGUCCCCGGCGCAACCGGGAAAGCUCCCCGAAACGACCAACCAACGAAAGCUGUCGGCUAUGCAAGUAGCGAUUUUGUGGAACAAGCUACAUGCAUCGGGGUUCGGUUGUUGGCAUCCUUUUGUCGACACUUUGGUUUGUUACGACCAAAUUUGUUUUGAGGCGAUGGACUUAAAAUUUCUUCCUGAACUAAACACUGGAUCGCGACCCAUGGUUGCGGUACAGAGGUUUAGAGAAUAUACCGGGUGUUGUGUUGAGUUUUUCCUUGAGCAAUGAGACUUGGCGUACGUACGCUUUAACCUCAAGGAAAAGGCGCAUUAUAAAUGGCUGUACCAGUAUCUGUACCCAGUAUCAUACAAGUAAAAAUAAAACUGAGUUAAUGUCCGCCAAAUAUGACAGCAUACGCAAGAAAAAUACAAAAUGAACAGGUAUCCUAUCCCCGAAAACAAUGUAAUAUUUGAGAUUUUGUCAUAGUUAUCAUCAGCACACGUUGUAUAGCCACAGCUGAUUAUGCGUUUCAUACAACUGUUGCGUGUCACCCGGUUUCCAUUGUGUCACGAUCAUUAACAACAUAUGGUGUGGGUUGAUAAUGAUAUUGAUUUUCACUUAUGCAAUUAGCCUUUACCUGCAUUGCAUAAUUGCAUUAAUUCUAAGUUUAGACAGUAAAGAAGUAACACACGUAAUGAUUAUUGUGAUAAUUGGACCAAAGCUUAAUGCCAAUUUAGCUCUAGCGGAAGAGGAAUUAAUAGGACUAGUGUAAAACUGAUUUUUUUUAAGACACUGAAGGAGCAUCUGAAGAAAAAGUCGGAAACGGUUAAUAGCAUAUUCUUUUUGAAUACUCUACUUAAAAGUGGGGGACCCUCACUCUGAAGGCCAAAACUAGGCAAGCGAAAGCUUUUUUACUUUUUAUUUUUCGGUUUUUCUGUCUUUUCUGCGGCCUACUUAUGAUUUGAUUUAUGACAAUAAAAAGUAACAUACUGUACUUAUUAAAAGUAGAGCUAUACUACCAGCGUAGGGAGUUCGUCGACAACGUUUGAGAGUUGGGUAAAUUGGAAUUGGUCUCAGGUCCGAUUCAAUGGCAAGCAGGCUUGAUGGUUCUCUGACCUACAUUUCAGAAAUCGUUCCUUCACCUUUCAUUUUGAGUAUUCUGGUGUCUACGACAUUGGAACCAGCCAUAACAGGGGUCUUGGGUCGGAGGCAGGUGGUGUCAAAGGCAAUAAUUUUCCCGGUUAAUAAUUCAUAAUACCCCCACCCCCAUACAAAACAAUACGACAUAGGGCUUACCUUAUUUAUAAU